UGCGGCUGCGGCCCCGGCUUCUACCGCUCCUGCUGCAACAAGCGCGCCGAGAAGCUCGACCAGAGCCUGUGCCGCAACUACAAGAGCCCCGAGUGGGCCCACCCCACCACAGCCAGCGGCGCGCUGCCCGCCGACGGCAGCGACGGAGCGGACGGGGACGCCAACAAGUACGACCCGGACAAGGACAGCACCAACGCCACCGUCUACAUCUCGUGCGGGGCCAUCGCCUUCGUGCUCAUCGCCGGCGUCUUCGCCAAGGUGGCCUACGACAAGGCGCGGCGCCCGCCCCGGGAGAUGAACAUACACAGGGCUCUGGCUGACAUCUUAAGGCAGCAGGGACCAAUCCCAAUAGCACACUGUGAAAGAGAGACUAUCUCGGCCAUAGAUACCUCCCCCAAAGAAAACACCCCAGUCAGGACAUCUUCCAAAAACCAUUACACCCCAGUGCGCACCGCCAAAAGUAACCCGGGCCACUAUGGAAAGGAUAUUUAUCGAAGUGGAGGGCCAGAUCUCCAUAAUUUCAUCUCCUCCGGGUUUGUCACAUUAGGAAGAGGACACACGAAGGAUGACCAAGAACAAAAUUAUAAUCACCUGAUACUAAACAGUGCCACCCAGACACCUACACAUGACAAGCCGCGAAUGAACAACAUCCUUACUUCUGCCACUGAACCCUACGAUCUGUCCUUCUCCCGGUCCUUCCAGAACCUCUCUCACCUCCCACCAUCCUAUGAGUCUGCCGUCAAGACAAACCCAAGUAAAUAUUCUUCUCUGAAGAGACUAACUGACAAAGAGGCUGAUGAAUACUACAUGAGGAGGAGACACCUGCCCGACCUGGCAGCCCGGGGCACGCUCCCAAUCAACGUCAUCAAAAUGUCUCAACAGACCAACCACAGGGACAGGCCUCGCCGUCCCAUCAGGGCCAUGUCCCAGGACAGAGUGCUGUCUCCUGAGAGGAUCAUGCCCGAGGAGUUUAGCAUGUCCUAUGAACGGAUCCUCUCAGAUGAGCAGCUUCUGUCCGCAGAGCGCCUCCACUCCCAAGACCCCCUGCUCUCCCCGGAGCGGUCGGGGUACCCCGAGCAGUCUAUGUCGCGGGCAUUGUCACACACAGACGUCUUUGUAUCAACACCUGUCUUGGAUCGCUACAGGAUGACAAAAAUGCACUCCCAUCCUAGUGCCUCAAAUAACUUGUACAAUACCUUAGGUAUGAACCCAACCUCUGCCAAGCGCCAAGCGUUCGCCUCCCGACGGCACAACACGGUAGAACAACUGCAUUAUAUUCCAGGACACCAUCACUAUCGCACAGCGAGCAAAACAGAGGUGACUGUUUGA